CCCGCACUGGUCUGUUUACAAAUCCCCAGCUCGGUGUCGGACAGUCCCACCCGCAGCCCGGAGCAUGGCGGAGAGAAGUGGCCGGUUGAGUUUCCCCGGGAGCGGGGCUCUCAACAGACCGGUGCCCAUGAACCUGUUUGCAACAUGGGAGAUAGAUGGAUCCUCCCCAAACUGCAUCCCGAGAUUGUGCAGUCUGACUCUGAAGAAGCUGGUUGUGAUGAGAGAACUUGAUAAAGAGCUGAUCUCUGUGGUCAUAGCGGUUAAAAUCCAGGGCUCCAAACGCAUUUUGAGGUCCCAUGAGAUUGUGCUGCCACCCAGUGGGUCUGUGGAGACCGAUCUGGCUCUCACCUUUUCACUGCAGUACCCUCACUUCUUAAAACGAGAAGGAAACAAGCUGCAGAUCAUGCUGCAGAGGCGGAAGAGAUACAAGAACCGAACGAUCCUGGGCUACAAGACCCUCGCGGUGGGAUCUAUUGACAUGGCCGAGGUGAUGCAGCACCCGACAGAGGGAGGCCAGGUUCUGCCUCUCUGCAGCAACCAGAAAGACAUGCUGGGGAAGGUGGCGGAGAUCUGGAUCUUUUCCCUGUCCAGUCAGCCGAUAGAUCACGAGGAGGCAGCCCUGCAGGGAGGACAGAAGAUCAAAUGCUCCGAUAACUACUCGGAAGAAGAAUACGAGAGCUUCUCCUCAGAGCAGGAGGCCAGCGACGACGCCGUGCAGGGACAGGAUCUGGAGGACGACGAGUACGAUGUGAGGAAGCCAAAGAAGCAGAGGAGGUCGAUUGUGAGGACGCCCUCCAUCACCAGACAGCAGAACUUUAAGCAGCGAGUGGUGGCUCUUCUGAAGCGCUUCAGAGUCUCAGACGAGGUGCUGGACUCGGAGCAGGACCCAGCAGAGCCGCCCCCCGAGGUGGAGGAAGAGGACCUGGACCUGGACAGCGUCGAGUUCGAGAACCCGAGCGACAGCGGGCCGGAGCUCGAUGACGACGACAGCGUCCUCAGCACACCAAAACCCAAACUCAAGCCAUAUUUCGAGGGUCUCUCGCUCUCCAGCUCUCAAACUGAGAUCGGCAGCAUCCACAGCAGCCGGAGCCACAGGGAGCCCCCGAGCCCGAUUGACCCGGAUAAAACCAAGUGCGGUGGGGCCAAAUUUCCAGAUGACGGUGUGUCCGAUAACGUCUCCUUUGAGCAGCCGGAGGCGGUGACCCCGACCACAGAGCUGGAGAUGGACAACAUGGACACAUUUUUAGAGAGGCUGCCACCAAGUGGCAAAAUGACCAAGACAGAGUCCCUAAUCAUUUCGUCCAACAGGCAGGAACCGAAGUUGGCAGGGAGGCGAGGAAGGAGCACGUCACUGAAGGAGCGCCAGCCCAGCAGGCCGCAGAAUGAGAGGGCCAACAGCCUGGACAACGAGCGGUCCCUGGACACACGCUGCCACCUACAGAUCCCACGAAAGACGGUGUAUGACCAACUAAACCACAUCCUGGUGUCUGAUAACCACCUCCCUGACAGCAUCAUUCUCAUCAAUACAUCAGACUGGCAGGGCCAGUAUCUUUCAGAUAUGCUGCAAAACCACCAGCUACCAGUGGUCUGCACCUGCACCACGGCCGACAUCCAAGCUGCAUUCAACACCAUCGUCUCCCGCAUACAGAGAUUUUGCAACUGUAACUCGCAGACACCUAUUCCCAUAAAGAUUGCAGUGGCGGGAGCGCAGCACUACCUCAGCGCUGUUCUGAGGCUUUUUGUCGACCACCUUUCCCAUAAGACCCCUGACUGGCUUGGCUACAUGAGGUUCCUCAUCAUCCCUCUAGGUGCACAUCCUGUCUCCAAAUAUCUUGGCACUAUUGACUAUCGAUACAACAGUUUGUUCCAAGAUGCUGCUUGGAGGGACCUGUUUCACAAGCCAGAGGCGCCUGUUGUUGCCCAGGAGAGCCCAGACGUGGUGUCAAGGGUGACUCAGUACAUGGUGGGAGCUAAUGGAGCUCACCAGCUUCCCAUCGCAGAGGCCAUGCUCACCUACAAACAGAAAAGGAAAAAGAGCUUUCAUUUUGAUUUUGCAGUAAGCCCUGAUGAGGACUCAUGUCAGAAAUUCAUCCCUUUCAUUGGGAUGGUGAAGGUCGGCAUCGUGGAGCAAACAUCUGCAACGUCAGGAGACUCUGAUGAUGCAGCACCUCUGGGCUCCUCGCUGCUCUCCUCCACUCCUCCACAAGUAUCACCUGCACUGAAAGAAGCGUCGCCCACCCCACCCUCCUCUCCCUCUGUCCACACCAGCUUCUGUGCUUACAGUUCUGUAGGUCAGGCGGAACUGAUGGGGCUUCAGGUCGACUACUGGGUGGCUCCGACAGAAAGGAAGAAAGACAUGGAGAAGCGGGACUCCUCCUCCAAAAACACGCUCAAGUGCAAUUUCCGCUCGCUGCAGGUCAGCCGGCUGCCACUGGGGGGAGCAGAGCCGAGCCCCCAGCCCACCAUGUCCAUGACUGUGGUAACAAAGGAGAAGAAUAAGAAGGUCAUGUUCCUGCCAAAAAAGAGCAAAGACAAGGAGGUGGAGUCGAAGAGUCAAGUGAUCGAGGGCAUCAGCCGGCUCAUCUGCACUGCCAAGCAACAGCAGACCAUGCUGAGAGUACUGAUUGAUGGCGUCGAGUGGAACGAUGUCAAGUUUUUCCAGCUGGCGGCACAGUGGUCCUCACACGUCAAACACUUCCCCAUCGGGAUCUUUGGACACACUAAAGGCCCUUACUAGCAGCACCUAAGAGACUGAAACACUGAGGACAGCUCCCCCCUCUCCUCCCGUUCCCUCCCGCCAACAGCUUUUAACCCCCUCCUCCCUACUUUCCCCCUGCACACUUCUUCUAUCCUGCCAUCUUAAUUUAAACUCCUGCUUUCUGCUGUUGCAUUUGUCUGAUUAUUUAAUCUUUUGCGUGUUUUUUUUUUAUUUUCUAUUUAUGUAAAAAUGUCUCGAGGCAAAGCUGCCGAGAGAAAUUUUAUUUACUCAGCUUUUUAAAAGAAAGAAAAUCCUGCUGAUGUUUUAUAGACUUUUGAGAAAAAAAAUAACUAAUUACUAAACAAUUACUUCUAACCUUUAACAUCCUGUACGAGUGCCCAGGUGUCACCCUCUGCCAUCGUUUUUUUUUUUUUUUUUGACUUGGUGAGGCACAGCACAUUUAAUCAAGAAUAUAUUUAAAAAACAAGAGCAGUUGCCUUGUAAUGAAGUAGAAGACUUGAUGGUCGUCUUAUUUUCCAACCGUGACGAGGAAAUUUUGGAUUCUCAACUUCAGAGACUGUUGUUGAGUCAUCGUCUUAACCCUGAAGGAGGAAAAAGUAAAUGACCCCAGAUCUUUGGCUCUCUGCACUCAAUGAAGAAGUCUAAUGUGCAAUAGACUGAAUACUGUGUGAAUGCGAUUCUGAAUAAUAACCUGGCACUGUUAGAAGAUUACACACUGCUCUUAGUUGUGAUUUUCACUCUCCCUAACCCCUUCUCUUCUUUACUUUCUCCUGCCGGUAAAUUGGCUUGAGGUUUGAAGAGUUUUGCCCCAAAGUGAGACAUGUAAUUAGAAAAUAAACUAAAAAAAUAUGCUUUUUAGAAAAUCUUUCAUAGCACAAAAUGAACUAAUAUAUAGAUAGUAGUACAGACUUUUGGGAAAUAUGUUGUGUUGUUUCCUUGCCAAGUGAAAUGAGAAGAUUAAUAUCACUCUAAUGUUUGUCCUUAAUAUGUAGAGCCAGCAGCAAGUUAGCUUAGUUUAGCAUAAAGACUGGAAUCAGGGGGAAACAGCUAGCCCAGUUUUCUCCAAAUGUAACAGAAUCCACCUACCACCAUCUCUGAAGCGCACUCCUUCGGACAGAGCAAUGCUAGCUUUUUACCUCUGUUUCAAGUCUUUAUGCUAAGCUAAAGCUAACCGGCUGCUUGCAAAUAGCUAUCUUGGCUCUGAUCAAAAGUAACAAAAUUCGCCUACCAGCAUCUCUAAAGCUUGCUGAUUAUCAUGUGAUAUCAUUGAUCUGUACAAAAAAACUGAAAAUGUAUAAAAAUGCCAAAUUGUGGUUUUAGAGGGGGUUGAAAGGAAAUAAUUUGGCACAUAACACCCCUCAGAAACCACAAUUUGUCAUGUUUUACACUCUAGAUGAUGUACAGCUUACACAA